GAGAGUCAUAAACUUUACGCACAAGUUUCCUUUAGGAGCACACCAGCACUGCAAAGUCAGAGACGCAAGGCUAAAAGACACAAAAUUCUUUCUCAUCUGGACUAAAAUCUAGCCUGAAGAGACGCUUACCUUGAAGAACGGACUUGAAAUAUUCACAUUUUUGAACACUUUUUAAUGAAAAAUGAACAUUCAGGGGGCAACUUUGUUUUUAUGUUGGAUGAUUCUGUGCAUGGACACAUGUCUAAGCCAGAAAGAUUGCACAGGUGUGGACUGUUCUGUUCUGCAGAACUGCAUUGAAACGGUUUUAGAGAAGGGUGCCUGUUGUCCCACCUGUGCACAAAGGGGCUGCACCUGUGAGGGUUACCAGUACUACGACUGCAUCCAAGCAGGCUUCCAGAAAGGGAAAGUCCCAGAGGGGAAAUCUUACUUUGUGGAUUUCGGAAGCACUGAAUGCUCCUGUCCCGUAGGAGGAGGAAAGAUAAUCUGUCAUUUUAUCCCGUGCCCUGAAAUUCCCCCCAACUGCAUUGAUAUUUUACAACCUGCAGAUGGAUGUCCUCAAUGUGAGCGAAUUGGCUGUACCCAUGGCAACAAGAAAUAUGAGGCGGGACACUCCUUUCAGAUUGACCAGUGCCAGGUUUGCCACUGUCCAAAUCAAGGUGGUAAGUUAAUGUGUUCACCUAUCCCUGGUUGUGACCUUCGUAGUCCUAAUAAGCCCAUGUGGGUCACCACCACUGAGAACAACAGCCCUUUGAGAGACGUUGGCAGUCGUCAUGACAGCCGACAAACGAGUCCCGUAGAGCCAUUUUCCAAGUUGGCCCUGGGAAACACUCUACCACUGUAUAAGCAGGACCCACCCAGUUUUGGCACAGAUGAUUAUGACUAUACACAAGCAGGGCCAACGUCUUCCACUAUCCAAGAUGUGGCCCAACCACUGGAAUCUACUACAGUACCACCAGUUUACCCAGAAUCAAGCUCCACGUUCUUCAGCUCCCAUGAUGACAGGGGACAUGAACUGAGGGAGACACAAAAAAGCUCUAAUCCAGAGAGGAGCAGAGAAGCUGAAGUCACACAUAACAUGGAUCCAACCACUACAGGGGCCCAGAGCGAAACGUCAGUAUCACUAACAACCACGCAGAGAGUGACCACAGAGAACCACAUGCCACAACAGGAAAUUGGUGAAAGGACCAUCAGACAUAACAGUGACAGAAACAGAGCCGUACAGGAUACUUUGAAAGAUACAGCAUACACCUCCCGUGCAAACAAUGACAGGCACUUUGGCCAUCACAAACAUAGCCAUGGCAGUCGCAUGGGGAGUCAUGGCGGCUCCCGUUCUGACGACCGUAAGGAACAAGAAAAAGUGCCAGUGGAGCGCAGGCAGCCGCCAGGGAAAGAGGAGCAGGGCUCAUAUCCCACAAUACAGUUCAGUCCCACCAGCAGAGCUCCAGUCCGAAUGAGGGAGGAUGGAGAGCAGCCUCAAAGACAACCCCAAACCCUCUACAACUACCAGGAUGUGGAGGAAGACACAGAGGUGUCUGCCAAGGAGCUGGUGAAGACCUGCUGUGAGACAGGGGAGAAAUGGGCUUCGGCUAAUGGUCACUGCAACAACAUGGAGCCACCCACAAAAGAUAGGCGCUCCAUCUGCUGGACUGCCCAACAACAGUGCUGCCUCGGUUCCCUGGGAGAAAGUCGGUGUUUGGCUGGAAUGAAUGUAGCUAGAGCGGGAGAUACGUGUGAAGAGGAUGCCAGCAAUAAAUGUGGGAUCGAUUCCUACAAGGAGUGCUGUGACUGCUGCUCUCUGGGGCUGCAGUUCCGCAGUGAGGGACAUCGCUGUGAAGCCCACCAGUACCUGGGGUUUCACUGCAGACACGUCUUUCUAACCUGCUGCGAGGGGGAGGGGAGCAAGGCUGGGAAUCAAGGCGACUGGCACUCUGUCAGAGAGAGGCCCGCUCUCAACUCCACUCCACCACCAGAAAAAGUAUCUGACAGCCCGUACCCUAAAGAGGCCUUCUCCAUUGGUGAGGAGCGGGAUGGGGAAAAUGCAGUAGAGGGACCUGUUGAGGUGGAGGACAUGGAUGAGUGCUUGAUAUAUGAGGGCAACAUCUGCCACCACAGAUGUGUCAACACGCCAGGCUCUUUCCGAUGUGAGUGCUUCCCUGGAUACGUGCUGCAAGAGGAUGCUUUCACUUGUGCACAAGAGACGGUGGAUGACGAGAACACGCUGAAGGAGGAUGACAGAGCAGGAGUGGAGCCCACUUCACUGCUUCCGCCUCCCACUGAGAUCCCUGUCCCACUCAACCCCUGUGAAGGAAACAACCCAUGUGAGCAACACUGCACCUCAGUGGGCAGAAGGCAACAAUGCUCCUGUUUCCCAGGAUUCUCCCUUAUGGCCGAUGAACACUCCUGUGAGGACAUAAAUGAAUGUUUGUCCACACGUGCCUGCCAAUUGAAUGAGCGCUGCGUGAAUACCGCUGGGAGUUAUGUCUGUCAGAGACUGAUCACCUGUCCCCCAGGACACCAGAUCAAGAACGACAUUUGUGAAGAUAUCAACGAGUGUGAGCAGCAGAGCCAUAACUGUGGACCUGGCUUUGAGUGUGUGAAUACAGUGGGCUCGUUCAGGUGCAACCCCAAACCUCAAUGUCCUGUGGGCUUUAACCAGGAAGCACAGGGCAACUGUAUGGACAUUGAUGAGUGUGGCACUCUGGCCCAGCCUUGUAGCCUGGCAUUUAACUGCAUCAACACAGUGGGAUCCUACAUGUGCCAGAGGAAGAUAAUAUGUAGCCGUGGCUAUCAUGCCAGCCCUGAGGGAUCCAGAUGUAUUGAUGUGGACGAGUGUCAGAGCAGUCUACAUCGAUGUGGAGAGGGCCAGCUGUGUCACAAUCUUCCUGGAUCCUAUCGUUGUGAAUGCCAGACAGGCUAUCAGUAUGACUCAUUCAGGAGGAUGUGUGUAGAUGUAAAUGAGUGCUGGCGCUACCCAGGCCGCCUGUGUGCCCAGACCUGUGAGAAUACCCCAGGCUCCUAUGAAUGCUCGUGUACCUCUGGCUUCCGCUUAUCCAGCGAUGGCAAGAACUGUGAAGAUGUGAAUGAGUGUUUGGCCAGCCCAUGCAGUCAGGAGUGUGCCAACAUCUAUGGUUCCUACCAGUGUUACUGCAGACAGGGAUACUACCUCAGGGAGGAUGGGCACACCUGUGAAGACAUUGACGAGUGUUCCCAGAGCAUCGGCCAUCUAUGCACCUAUAAGUGUGUGAACGUUCCUGGCAGUUACCAGUGCGCUUGUCCUGAAUAUGGAUACACCAUGUCUCCAAAUGGACGCUCAUGCAGAGAUAUUGAUGAGUGUAUGACAGGGGCCCAUAACUGCUCUCUAGCUGAAACCUGCUACAAUAUCCAAGGAGGCUACCGCUGCCUUUCUCUCAACUGUCCACCAAAUUACCGCAAAGUGUCCGACACGCGGUGUGAGCGGAUCAGCUGUCCUAACUACCUGGAGUGUCAAAACUCUCCUCUGAGAAUCACCUACUACUACCUCAGCUUCCAAUCCAACAUCGUCAUCCCUGCUCAGAUCUUCCGCAUUGGACCUUCCCCUGCCUACUCAGGAGACAACGUCAUCGUCAGCAUCACACAAGGAAAUGAGGAAAACUACUUCAGCACCCGGAAGCUGAAUGCCUAUACAGGUGCUGUGUACUUGCAUCGACAGGUUGAGGGUCCAAGGGAUUUCUUAAUAAAUGUGGAGAUGAAGCUUUGGAGACAGGGGACGUUUACCACUUUCCAGGCCAGGAUCUACGUCUUCAUCACAGCCAACCCACUCUAACUGUUAGAGAUGUGCUGUGGCUACUACAGAACUUAAUUCAGUUCCAGAGGACUCAUAUCACUAUUUAACAAUGUCAUAAGGUAUACCACUGUCUGUGUUCGAUGAUUGGUUUGAGUAGUUAAUCUCGCUUAUGUUGAAGUAAAUAUUAAAACGUUGCUGUAAGAGGAGUGGAAUAUUCAGAAAGAAACUGUCAUUUUAUGUUUUCAAAGCAAUUGCCUGAAAACCCUGUAAUGUCAAAUUAAUGUUUUCUUUAAUUUCUCACUCAAAUUGCGAAUAGGCAGUACAUGUUUAUUUUCAAAAACCCAUUCAAAGCUAAAUCCAAAACUUUAGAGAUGCAAAGACAUUUAUUACAUCACGAGAAUAAAACCAUUUGCCAUUGUCUUGAUUGUCUUAAGCAGAUGUGAGUAAACCAGAAAAAUGAUAACAGGCAACAUUUAGCUUGUACCCAGCUCUUUUUGCCAUACUGAAAGACUUUUAUCCCAGUUUUCUGUUAUCAGAUGAUGAUGUAUAAUUUGAUAACAUGGUGGUAAAAGCCGAAGACAUUUUUUUGUAAGAGUUCCCAUUACAGUGCCUAAACAACUUUGUCUCUUUUCUUCGACCCUGUGCUGCUGUUUUUGUUUUGUCUUUGAAGUAUUUUAUAUUAUAUAAUUUUAUAUUACUCUAUAUGGUGUAUUUUUUGUAUCAGACACAUUAUGGAUGGAUGUAUCAUAUUUUUCAUGCUAGAUUCAUAAACUGCAAAGUAUUUUAGUAAAAUAUUUUAAAAACACCAAUGUGGUUUCGGGAUUAUUGGCUAAUUUUAUUUAUUAGGAGGAAUAUUAAUUUGUGUUUUUGUUUCAAAAUAAUUACAUAUAUUUCACCUGACAUACUUGUUAUGCACCAAUUCUUGUCACUGUAUACAGUGAACAUUAUUCCUCAGUGAAGUUGUUAAAGUAUAUAAUCCAUUCUUGUCAGGGCAUGUCACAGUAAAUAUCCAUGCCUAUUUACAUACCUGUUCACACCUUGCUAGUGAGCUCAACAUGAGUGUCAUCCAUCAACACAUGCCUGUUUGACAUGCACACACACAUAUAUUUAAUGAUGGCUAAUAAAAGCAAUGAUCAUGUGUUGUUUGAUUUCUGAAAUAAAAUUAUUAUAGUCUUA